GCCCGGAGCAGCCGUCGGAGCCCUCCCGCUGCAUCCACGCCGGGUCCGCGCGCUGCGCUCCACUCCGCUGCUCUCCCGCAGGCUCUGGUCCCUCUGUCUGGCCGCACCCCUUUCCCGGACCUGAGCAGUCGCCAUGGCACAGGUUCUCAGAGGCACCGUGACCGACUUCCCCGGGUUCGACGAGCGGGCGGACGCCGAGGCGCUGCGGAAGGCCAUGAAGGGCCUGGGCACCGACGAGGAGACCAUCCUGACCCUGCUGACCUCCCGCAGCAACGCGCAGCGCCAGGAGAUCACGGCCGCCUUCAAGACGCUGUUCGGCCGGGACCUCCUGGACGACCUGAAGUCGGAGCUGACCGGGAAGUUCGAGAAGCUGAUCGUGGCGCUCAUGAAGCCCUCCUGGCUGUACGACGCCUACGAGCUGAAGCACGCGCUGAAGGGCGCCGGCACGGACGAGAAGGUGCUGACGGAGAUCAUUGCCUCCAGGACGCCCGAAGAGCUGACGGCCAUCAAGAAGGUGUACGAAGAAGAGUACGGCUCCAGCCUGGAGGAUGAUGUGGUGGGGGACACCUCGGGCUACUACCAGAGGAUGCUGGUGGUGCUGCUUCAGGCCAACAGAGACCCCGACACCGUCAUCGACGAGGCGCAGGUGGAGCAGGACGCGCAGGCGCUGUUCCAGGCCGGAGAACUGAAGUGGGGCACGGAUGAAGAGAAGUUCAUCACCAUCUUCGGGACCCGGAGCGUGUCGCACCUGCGCAGGGUGUUCGACAAGUACAUGACCAUCUCCGGCUUCCAGGUCGAGGAGACCAUCGACCGGGAGACGUCGGGCCACCUGGAGCAGCUCCUCCUCGCUGUCGUGAAGUGCAUCCGCAGCGUGCCGGCCUUCCUCGCGGAGACGCUCUACCACGCCAUGAAGGGCGCGGGGACCGACGACCACACCCUCAUCCGUGUGAUCGUGUCCAGGAGCGAGAUCGACCUGUUGAACAUCAGGAAGGAGUUCCGGAGGAACUUCGCCACCUCCCUUUACUCCAUGAUCAAGGGGGACACGUCUGGCGACUACAAGAAGGCCCUGCUGCUGCUCUGUGGCGGGGAGGACGACUGAGGGGCCGCGCCUGCCGCCGCUGCACCGCCGCCCGCCGCACCGCUCGCCGCCCUCCGCAGGCCCCGGCCCGGCUGCGCCUCUGCCGCCUCCACGCCGGCACC